AUGUUUGUGGUAUACUUCACUGUUUUUGGAGGGCUGAUGGCCUUUAACUACCACCGGGAGUUGCAAGUAUGGGCCAUUCCUUUGUUAUUGGUGGCUUUUUUUGCCUAUUUAGUGGCCCACAAUUUCUUAUCAGUGUUUGAAACUGUGCUGGACGCCUUGUUUUUGUGCUUUGUCAUUGAUAUGGAAACAAAUGAUGGCUCACCAGAAAAGCCCUAUUUUAUGGAUCAAGAAUUAAUGAGCUUUGUGAACAGAAGCAACAAAUUAAUUGAUUCGAGGAUACGAAGAAACAGAAAGUCAUUAGGGAAUGACGAUGGAACAGAACUCCAGCCCAUUGUGAGAUAGGAGACAUUUCCUUAUUGUCCUGUAUUUGUGCUUAUUUUGGAAGAACCUUAUUACUUUCAGUCUUCAUUUUUGCAGAAUAAAUUUUUAGAAAUGA